AUGCAGAGAAAGACCUUCACGAAAGUGACAGAAUUCAUCUUCCUGGGAUUCUCAAUUUUCGGAAAGCACCAGAUAACACUCUUUGUGGUUUUGCUUGCCAUCUACAUUUUAACUCUAACUGGUAAUGUUGUUAUUGUGAGCAUCAUCCAUGCUGACCGUCAUCUCCACACCCCCAUGUUCUUCUUCCUGAGCAUGUUGGCUAGUUCUGAGACUGUGUACACGCUGGUCAGUGUCCCACGAAUGCUUUCCGGUCUCCUUUUCCAUAACCAGCCCAUUUCCUUGGCAGGCUGUGCAACUCAGAUGUUCUUUUUUUGUCAUCUUGGCCACAAUAAUUGCUUAGCAAUGGGCUAUGACCAUUAUGUGGCCAUCUGCAACCCCCUGAGGUACACAGUCCUCAUGAGCAAAGGAGUGUGUGCCAUGCUUGUAGGUAGGUCCUUUGGCACUAGCUUGGUUAUGGCAGUUCUCCAUGUGGCAGUCAUGUUCAGUUUGUCCUUCUGUGGCACCGUGGUGGAGCACUUCUUCUGUGACAUUUAUCCAGUCAUGAAACUCUCUUGUACUGAUACCACUCUUAAUGAGAUGAUCAAUUAUGGUGUCAGUUCAUUUGUGAUCCUGGUCCCUGUGGGCUUGAUCUUCAUCUCCUAUGUCUUCAUCAUCUCCACCAUUCUCAAGAUUGUCUCCACUGAGGGCCGGAAGAAGGCCUCUGCCAACUGUGACUCCCACCUCACGGUGGUCAUUGUCCACUAUGGCUGUGCCUCUAUUGCCUACCUCAAGCCCAAGUCUGAGAACGCCAUAGAAAAAGACCUUCUUCUCUCUGUGACUUACACUCUCAUUUCUCCCUUGCUGGACCCUGUUGUUUACAGUCUGAGAAACAAGGAGGUCAAGGAUGCCCUACGCAGAGCUGUAGGCAAAAAACAUUUCUCAACAGAUUGA